UACAAACAUGUUCACAAGAGGUAUGUUUUGCUUUCGGCACUGGGCCAGGGUACAAGACCCAUCAAAGUGAGGUUUCAGUGCUCAAUUUACCCCAGGUCUGUGAUGAUGGUAAUGAUUCAAAUGUUCAAAUGUUCAGAUGUUGAUGUUCCGAACGAUCACGUGAUAAGGGUGGUCGGCGAAUCAUGUAAACGUUUAUCCGAGAGGCUCGCGACAGGUGGCCUGGACGAGCUUCAUGACGACGCGGCCUGCCUUGGGUGUAACGUCUUUCCUUUCCCCAACCACCACCCAUACAUUCAAUCAUGGCUUCCAACGAGGAGGGUAGCCUGCUCAAGCAGAUGAGCGGCAGGAACACUCGGACUAUGCUCCGAGUCACAAUUCUGGCUCUGAUUGCAGGCGCAGCUGUUGCUAGCCGUCUGUUCUCAGUAAUUCGCUUUGAAAGUAUCAUCCACGAAUUCGAUCCCUGGUUCAAUUUUCGAGCGACCAAAUAUCUAGUUCAGAAUGGAUUCUACAGCUUCUGGGACUGGUUCGACGACCGAACAUGGCAUCCCCUCGGGCGAGUUACCGGUGGUACUCUUUACCCUGGUCUGAUGGUCACCAGCGGUGUCAUCUACCACAUCCUCCGCUUCCUGACCCUCCCCGUCGACAUUCGCAACAUCUGUGUGCUCCUUGCCCCUGGGUGCUCCGGCCUCACGGCGCUCGCAACGUACCUCCUGACCAACGAGAUGGUCACUUCUCCGUCCGCUGGUCUUCUCGCCGCAGCCUUCAUGGGCAUCACACCAGGUUACAUCUCGCGUUCCGUCGCAGGGAGCUACGACAACGAGGCUAUUGCCAUCUUCUUACUGGUAUUCACCUUCUUUUUGUGGAUCAAGGCAGUGAAGAAUGGUUCCAUGUUCUGGGGCGCGUUGACCGCGCUCUUCUACGGAUACAUGGUGUCAGCAUGGGGUGGUUAUGUGUUCAUCACGAAUCUGCUGCCUCUACAUGCGUUCGUUCUGAUCUGCAUGGGAAGAUACAGCCCAAGGCUAUAUGUCAGCUAUACGUCAUGGUAUGCGCUUGGAACGCUGGCCAGCAUGCAGAUUCCUUUUGUUGGCUUCUUGCCCAUCAGGAGUUCCGAACACAUGUCUGCACUCGGUGUUUUCGGUCUUCUACAGCUUGUUGGUGGAGUUGAUUACAUUCGUGCACAGCUCCCAAGCAAGCAGUUCCAGACUCUUCUUCGUGCGCUCGUUCUUUUUGUUUUCGUCAUUGCAUUCGGCGGAUUGGUGCUUCUGACUGUUUCCGGUGUCAUUGCGCCAUGGACUGGUCGAUUCUAUUCACUCUGGGAUACCGGUUAUGCGAAGAUUCACAUUCCAAUUAUCGCGUCCGUCUCUGAGCACCAACCUACCGCAUGGCCCGCUUUCUUCUUCGAUUUGAGCAUGAUGAUCUGGCUUUUCCCCGCCGGUGUCUACAUGUGCUUCCGAAAGUUGACUGAUGAGCAAGUUUUCAUCGUCAUCUAUGCUGUCUUGGCCAGUUACUUCGCCGGUGUCAUGGUUCGUUUGAUGCUGACUUUGACGCCAAUCGUCUGUGUUGCGUCUGCCAUGGCAUUCUCGCAGAUCCUGGACACCUAUCUGGACGCCAGGGUUCCUAAGACAGAAUCCAAAGACAGCAACUCGGACGCGGCCAAGGUAGCUGCUGCCGCCGUUCUUCCCGACGGACUCCGCUCUACUCGCGCUCCGCUUGUUGGUAUUUACUCGUAUGCUUCCAAGCUUACCGUAGUUGGCGCCUCUAUCAUCUACCUCAUGCUAUUCGUUCUCCACUGCACAUGGGUUACUUCCAACGCAUACUCUUCGCCAUCCGUUGUGCUUGCUUCUCGUCUUCCUGAUGGUAGCCAGCACAUUAUCGACGACUACCGUGAGGCUUACUAUUGGCUUCGACAAAACACCCCGGAGAACGCCAAAAUCAUGUCAUGGUGGGACUAUGGUUACCAGAUCGGUGGAAUGGCUGACAGGCCGACUCUUGUUGACAAUAACACAUGGAACAACACCCACAUUGCGACUGUUGGCAAGGCAAUGAGCUCCAGAGAGGAGGUCAGCUACCCAAUCAUGCGUCAACACGAGGUCGACUACGUGCUUGUUGUGUUCGGUGGUCUUCUUGGCUACUCUGGCGAUGAUAUCAACAAAUUUCUUUGGAUGGUUCGUAUUGCUGAAGGAAUCUGGCCCGAUGAGGUCAAAGAGCGAAACUUCUUCACGCCCCGCGGUGAAUACCGCGUGGAUGAUGAGGCGACGCCGACCAUGAAGAACAGCUUGAUGUACAAGAUGUCGUAUUACAACUACAACACGCUGUUCCCUGCUGGACAGGCGCAGGAUCGUGUUCGUGGAUCGCGAGUUCCAGCUCAAGGUCCUGAGCUCAGCACGAUCGAGGAGGCCUUCACCAGCGAGAACUGGAUCAUCCGCAUUUACAAGGUCAAGGACCUUGAUAAUUUUGGACGCGAUCACCAGAACGUCGUCUCCUUCGACAAGGGCCACAAGAAGAAGAAGGCAUCAAAGAGACGGGGCGCUCGCGUCCUGCGGGUUGAAUAA